GUGAUUAACUAGUUGAUCCUUUAUAACAAACAGUACGUACUACUCUUGAUGCGACGCAGCCCAUAUAUCUACCUAAACUUAUCGGGCACUUUGUCUGCGAACGUCAGAGCUGCAUAGGACUUGGCGUUCUUUGUCGCGCGCUACUACUAACCACCCUUCCGCGAUUUACCAGUCAGACACGACCCUUCAUUACUUUCUCCUAUCAACAACAAAGACUCGUCCUUGAGAAUCAGAACAGCCAUACUUGUUGCAUUCAUUAUCUUGGGUUCACCCAUCUGCUUAACAUCAAAUAUAUUUGGGGCGCCCUCGUAAGAUUGGUAUUGUCUUCCGCUAUAUCGUCUAUCGGCUCGUCUGCCUUUGGGUCUCGUCAAGACCAGCAUAAUUGAACAAGUUCAUCCCUCAAAGAACGACAAGUUUAUUGGAGAAGUUUUGUGUCAUGGAACAGCCUUCACAAAAUACGGGACAACCCCAAGGCAGGCAGCAGCCUGUCUACGACACUAGAAAUGGUGGACACUACGGGGCCAGCGCAGCGCUAUCCGCUCAGGGAUAUGCGCCUGUUGCUGAGCUUUAUACGGGAACAUGGGCGAAUGUCAAUCAAGGCUUACAGGGAGCAGCCCGGGAUAUCCUUACCACAUAUUGGCAACACAUCAUCAACCACUUAGAGUCCGACAAUCAUGACUACAAGAUCCAUCAGUUACCUCUCGCUCGCAUAAAAAAAGUGAUGAAGGCAGACCCUGAAGUAAAGAUGAUUUCAGCAGAGGCUCCAAUCUUGUUUGCUAAGGGCUGUGAUAUAUUUAUAACUGAGCUAACCAUGCGAGCAUGGAUCCAUGCGGAAGACAACAAACGGCGUACUUUGCAGAGAUCGGACAUCGCGGCAGCUUUAUCCAAAUCAGAUAUGUUUGAUUUUCUCAUUGAUAUAGUUCCCCGCGAGGAAGCUACGUCGCAUGCAAAACGGUCCAGCCAGGCGGCGGCAGCUCCAUCGGGAUCCUCUGGCCCAACAGGCCCAACAAGUCAGCUCCCGCCUUCUCAGCACGGGGUGCAGCACCCCGCACACCACAUGGCACACCCCGAUUACGGCAUGGGACAACAUGGCCUUCAAGACCAAGAAUAUCGCCAGCCAGCCAUUUAUGCAGGGGCUGUGCAGUCAGAUCCAACUGCUGCGUACGGACAGCCACAGUCCCAGAUGUUCGAAGGGAUGUAUGCUGCUUAUCCGCAUUUGCCUCCGCAACAGGUAUGUUUCCAAGCGAACCGUUUCAAGCUUCCAUUUGGUGCCUUAUGAAUGUACGGAAUUUAGCUGGUUCUUUUUUCGCUAAUAUGUCUAAAGUGAGCCACCUGGGAGACAUGGCUCGAGUUAAUCAGUUCGCAUUUCAGUAGUUGAAGGACAGAUUAUUGGCGCUUGAUGUGGGUUGCUCAAUUGAGUAACUAGUAGAAU